AUGGACCCUGUAAGAGACCCAUAUCUUGACAAUAUGAUUGAGCUCAUCAACAAAAGCAGCAAAACGUCUGAAGAAAUCGACAAAAUUGACGGAUUCUUAUACAACCUUAAGCCAUUCCAAAGGCUUAUUGAGCACCUUGCAAUCAAUAUCAGACAGCAAGUAAUUGGCUGUUUGCAAGUAAAAGAAUGCAAAGAAGGCGAAAGACUGUUCACCAAAGGCGACCCCAGUGACUGCCUAUAUAUUGUCAUGCGUGGCUCUUUACAAAUGUACAAUCACUCCUCAAAAGAAAAAAAUGACAUGAUACCUGAAAAUGUUCUUGGAAAAGGAAAAAUUCUGGGUGAAAGAGGAAUCCUAAGAAAUGGGCCCAGAAGCUUGACAGCCGUAGCAAAGGAGCAUUCUUAUGUCCUCACCCUUGAUGAAAAAUAUUUUAAACUUUAUUUGAGCAAUGAAAUGUAUAAUACUCUUGAAACGAAGAAAAAAAUAAUUGACAAAUUUAUCCCUGGACUAUCAAAAUACCCAGGCACACAAAAAGAAAGGCUUGCUUAUACAUUGGAAAUCGAGGAUUAUGAUAGAGGAACUAUAUUAGCCAAACAAGGAGCAUUAACUGAAAAAAUGCUAGUUAUAUUAGAAGGGGAGUGUGUUAUGACGUUUAAAGAAGGAAAUAUUAAGAGAAUGGUAGCGAGACUAGAAAAAGGGUCAAUAUAGCCCAGGAGCGAUUUUUGAUCGCCCUGGGCUAUGAUAAAGCUCAGAAACUCCCCGAGUUGGUUUUUCAACUCAAGUUGACAAACCAGCUCGGGGUCUUGACAAACGCCUCUCAUAAAAGGUAUUUGCCAAAUCCCCGAGUUGGUUUGUCAACUUGAGUUGAAAAACCAACUCGGGGAGUUUCUGAGCCUUAUCAUAGCCCAGGGCGAUCAAAAAUCGCUCCUGGGCUAUAGUAGGUGAGGAAACUGCGCUAUUUGAUAGACCUUCUAGCUUUACAGUAACUGUCACUUCAAACACAUUAAUGGCAGGAAAAAUAAAAAACACAGAUUUGCAGACAAUUUAUCCUAAUAAAGUUGUACAAAUGAUGAGAAAUUAUUACUCAGAGAGAAACCUAACAAGGAAAAAAUUAGCAGAUUUUACCCAUCCUUGCCUUGGGACAACUGAUUUAAUUUUAAGCCCAAAAAAUUUUCCACUGGCAAGCCCAAAGGCGAAAGAACAUAUGACUAUGAUAAUGAAAAGAGUCCCAAGUUUUGCCAAAGAAAAUUUGAGUGAAAAACUCAUGAAUUUUUCUUAUAAAGGAAAGCUGGAAAAGCUGAGGGAUACGGCAAAUAAAAGAAUAAGCAGGUUCUUGGCAAAAGAAUAA